GUGAGGGACGCUCGGGACGGGUGUUGCCAGGCCCUCCCGGCGCGCCAGGCCAGCCCCGCGCCCCUGCUCGGUGGCCCGAGGGACGCGCGCCGGCCUCGGGCCCGGGCCCGGACCCGGAGCGGUCGGGCGACAUGCGCGGGUCUGACGUCUGCGCUGCCCAGCCCCCUGGCUGCGCGGACGCCCCCACGGAGGCAGCCACUGGGGCGGAUUUCUGUUUCUGGGUGACGACUGCCAGGGUGUGAUGGGAAGGGUUAGCCGCGCAGCGGGGCCAGGGGAUCCCCGCCCCCCGCCCUCGCUCCGGUUGGGUCCCGACUUGCGUUUCUGAGUGCUUGCUGUGCUCAGCUCCUCAGUUGCAUUCUCUGAGUCCUCACAACAGCCACACAUUUUGCAGUCGAAGCCUUGUGCCACACAGCUGUGGGGGCGUUUAUUACAGUGCAGAGGUGAUGCGCGGAGGCCUUGUAGCCAGACACACCUGAGUGCACGCCUGCUUCUCCACAGACCUGCACUGUGACCUUGGGCACACCUGGUCUGCUCUCUGAGCCUCUGGCUACACACGACCCAGCUGUACCAGCAUGUGCCAGAGACACGCUGGCCAAUCGUGUACUCGCCGCGCUACAACAUCACCUUCAUGGGCCUGGAGAAGCUGCAUCCCUUUGAUGCCGGAAAAUGGGGCAAAGUGAUCAAUUUCCUAAAAGAAGAGAAGCUUCUGUCUGACAGCAUGCUGGUGGAGGCGCGGGAGGCCUCGGAGGAGGACCUGCUGGUGGUGCACACGAGGCGCUAUCUUAAUGAGCUCAAGUGGUCCUUUGCUGUUGCUACCAUCACAGAAAUCCCCCCUGUUAUCUUCCUCCCCAACUUCCUUGUGCAGAGGAAGGUGCUGAGGCCCCUUCGGACCCAGACAGGAGGAACCAUAAUGGCAGGGAAGCUGGCCGUGGAGCGAGGCUGGGCCAUCAAUGUGGGGGGUGGCUUCCACCACUGCUCCAGCGACCGUGGCGGGGGCUUCUGUGCCUAUGCAGACAUCACGCUCGCCAUCAAGUUUCUGUUUGAGCGUGUGGAGGGCAUCUCCAGGGCUACCAUCAUUGAUCUGGAUGCCCAUCAGGGCAAUGGGCAUGAGCGAGACUUCAUGGACGACAAGCGUGUGUACAUCAUGGAUGUCUACAACCGCCACAUCUACCCCGGGGACCGCUUUGCCAAGCAGGCCAUCAGGCGGAAGGUGGAGCUGGAGUGGGGCACAGAGGAUGAUGAGUACCUGGAUAAGGUGGAGAGGAACAUCAAGAAAUCCCUCCAGGAGCACCUGCCUGACGUGGUGGUAUACAAUGCAGGCACCGACAUCCUCGAGGGGGACCGCCUUGGGGGGCUGUCCAUCAGCCCAGCGGGCAUCGUGAAGCGGGAUGAGCUGGUGUUCCGGAUGGUCCGUGGCCGCCGGGUGCCCAUCCUUAUGGUGACCUCAGGCGGGUACCAGAAGCGCACAGCCCGCAUCAUUGCUGACUCCAUCCUUAAUCUGUUUGACCUGGGGCUCAUUGGGCCUGAGUCACCCAGCAUCUCUGCACAGAACUCAGACACACCGCUGCUUCCCCUUGCAGUGCCCUGACCCUCGCUGCCCUGCCUGUCACUUGGCCCCGCCUAUCCGCCCCUUAGUGCUUUUUGUUUUCUAACCUCAUGGGGUGGUAGAGGCAGUCUUCAGUGAGCAUGGAGGGGCAGGGCCAUCCCUGGCUGGGGCCUGGAGCUGGCCCUUCCUCUACUUUUCCCUGCUGGAAGCCAGAAGGGCUUGAGGCCUCUAUGGGUGGGGGCAGAAGGCAGAGCCUGUGUCCCAGGGGGACCCACACGAAGUCACCGGCCCAUGGGUCCAGGGAGGCAGGCAGUUAACUGAGAAUCGGAGAGGACAGGCUAGGUCCCAGGCACAGCGAGGGCCCUGGGCUUGGGGUGUUCUGGUUUUGAGAAUGGCAGAGCCAGGUCAGAGUGAGGAAGCUUCCACCUCCAUCCUGACUAGGCCUGCAUCCUGACUGGGCCUCCCUCCCUCCCCUUGGUCAUGGGAUUUGCUGCCCUCUUUGCCCCAGAGCUGAAAGCUAUGGGUGCUGGUGUGGAUGGCCGGGAGGUGCUAGAGCUAGGCCUCCAGGUGGGCCUGGUUCCCAGGCAGCAUGUGGGCACCCUGAACCUGGCUGUGAGAGGCGGUCAGGAAGGGGCACAGGUGGGUUCCCUCAUCUGGAGUUCCCCCUCAAUAAAGCAAGGUCGGACCUGCCUUCCCAGGCCCUUCUGUGGGGGUGAAGGUGGGGAAGGCCUGCAGCCCCCAGAUCACUGCCUUAGCAGCAGUCUUGCCUGUCCAGUGCAAGGGGCAGGUUUUGGGGGAGGAAUUCUUAGCUCAAGGACAGGCCUCAGCCCUAUCGCCUCCAGGGGGCCGCUGACCCAGGUGGAGAGGGGGCAGAAGAAGGGUGGGGGACAUGGGCAGGCCAGGCUCACAGGUGGAAAUCAGGGAUGCAGGGUGGUGCCCAAGCCAGGUCCUGCAGGAACCCAGGCCCAGGGAGGGACCCAGACACUGGUGAGGCGGGGCAGGGCUUCCUGGAGAGAGGGCAGCGAGGAUCUCUAUCCUGGCCUGGGGAUUGUGAACAUAGGUAGCUGGGGCAGGGCCCUGGGUGGGACUGUGGCCUCCACUGGCCUCACCAAAGUGCCUGGGCCCCAAUCCUUCUCCAUGCCCAGGGCCCCCAGGUGGGCCAGACCUCUGGCCUGUUCCUCAAGCCCUACUCACGGGGACAUUGAGGGACCUCCAGGAAGUGGGCAGGGGAGCAUCCACCCCUGCUAGCCAGCAGCUGUGGCCCUGAUCAAAUCAGGGGCUGAGAAGGGAAAGUGGGUCCAUUGAGGUGGCCCUGCUCCAUCAGCCCCCUACGGGACUUGUGUUCAUUACAGUGAGGGGGUGCUCCCACUGUCUCCCGGCCCCUCUCAUGCUCCCUCUGCUGCAGGGAGAAGCGUUCCAAGAUCACAAAAUGUCAAUAAUGCUGGCCUCCUGGACCAGACCCCGAGGCUCUAACAAUGCACUCAGAUCCCUACCCUUGCCGUUGGUCUCUGUUGCUGACUUGAGGCACCUAACAUCCGUUCACACCCAACACAGGCCAGCGACUUCUGGGGCUCAGCUACAGACACGGUUUGUCACUGUUGAGCUUCUGUUCCUGGAGAAUCCUAGAGACUUGAUUGGCCCAGGCUGCUGUGUGUGCUGGAGGCGAAGAAUUCCUACCUCCUAGGGGUGAAAGGAAAUGAAAAUGGAAAGUUCUUGGCCUGACAUGGGUAGCUGCUCAAUAAAUGCUAGUGUGUUAUUCCA